AAUAUUUUAAUCACUUUUUGCCUGAAAAUUGGUCAACAUUUGUUGAGUAGAGAAGCAAUUUCACAAUUUUUUCCGUUCCAUCAAUUCGCUUGCAUCAUAAUUCAAUAAAUUUUGUCGUUUCUAAUUCAACACCUGUCGAAGAAAUCGAUUUCAUCCAUCCGCACAAGCAACUAUAAUUUCAUAAAUUGAAGAAAAUCCAAUUCAUUCUUCAUUUCAAUUCAAAUCAAGAUGCAGAGAACAAGACGCAGAUGCGAGGGCACAUCCAUGGGAUCCAUCGUAUUGGAUCUCCGCCCCGGCCUCGGCAUCGGUCCUUUUUCCCUUGGAAUGCCCAUAUUGGAAGCCUUUGCCCAAGUAGAGCAACAGCGAAACAUCUAUGACGUUGUUCAUAUCAAGUACUAUGAUGAGGAUCCUUUGAGACUUGACAUUGUUAUUAGCUUCCCCGAUCAUGGUUUUCAUCUUAGAUUUGAUCCUUGGUCACAGAGGCUUCGUCUUGUUGAAAUUUUUGAUGUCAAACGGCUCCAAAUGCGUUAUGCCACUUCACUGAUCGGUGGACCAUCUACUCUGGCCACUUUUGUAGCUGUCUAUGAGUGCUUUGGGCCAACCUAUCCUGGAAUUUACGACAGAGAAAGAGGAAUAUACACACUGUUUUAUCCAGGCUUAUCCUUCGCAUUCCCAAUCCCCUCGCAAUAUGCAGAGUGCUGUUUUGACCGAGAAGCCGAACUUCCCUUGGAGUUUCCCGAUGGCACAACUCCUGUUACUUGCCGUGUCUCAAUAUAUGAUUCUUCAACCGACAGUAAGGUCGGCGUAGGAUCUUCCAUGGACAAGGCCCGUGCUCCUCCGUUGCCUGCUGGCAGUCUCUACAUGGAAGAAGUGCAAGUAAAGCUCGGAGAAGAAUUGUGGUUUACUGUUGGGGCCCAGCAUAUCCCUUUCGGUGCAUCCCCACAGGAUGUGUGGACUGAACUUGGGCGCCCUGGUGGAAUUCAUCAAAAACAGGUGGACCAAAUGGGAAUUCAUUCUGCAUCAGAUCCUCGGCCACGAACCACUCUCUGUGGUGAUUACUUCUAUAAUUACUUCAGCCGUGGCUUGGACAUAUUAUUCGAUGGGCAGACACAUAAAAUCAAGAAAUUUGUUCUGCACACGAACUAUCCUGGACAUGCGGAUUUUAAUUCAUACAUGAAGUGCAACUUCAUAAUAUACUGCUCUAACUUUGGUGGGUCGUUUCAUAAUGAUGUGAAUGGCUCUAAAAACGCCAUUACUUCUAGCACAAAAUGGGAGCAAGUUAAGGAGAUUCUUGGGGAUUGUGGUCGAGCUGCUAUCCAAACUCAUGGCUCUACAAGCAAUCCUUUCGGAUCUACUUUUGUAUACGGUUACCCAAAUGUUGCCUUUGAGGUCAUGAAGAAUGGUUACAUUGCAACUGUAACUCUGUUCCAGUCAUGAUGUUUUAUAGUUGGUAACCAGGAUGGUGAAUGGUAACUUCAAGGGUCGUACUUCAAUGAGAUGAUUAAGUUCCUCUGCACUAUAAACAGUUCUCUACGUUUUGUUACGAAGGCUGUUUCUUGUUAUUUUCAUGAUUCCAUUGUAAGGGCGGUGUUUAUUAUUCUAAAAACAAUAAACAUGGGAUGAUCUAAAUAAGCCUUUUUUUGGCUGGAGUGGGCUGUUUGUGUAUAGGCACUGGUAGUUGAAUGAACAUUCUUGUCACGACUUCAUGAUAGGAAGUGUUCCUGUAUGUUUACCGUUACGAUUGUAAAGUUGUGUAUAAUUUUCGAAAAUGUGAUUAUGUACAGUAAAACUGAUACGGCAUGCUGUGGUUUGAAAUGCCAUCUUUGCUUUCUUUGAUUGUUA